AUGAGUACGGAAGAACCCAACCUUGUUGAGGACGGGGAUUCUACGGCGGCGGCGUCGGCGGUAUUCCUGAAAUCAUACAGGAAUAGUGUUCCAAUUCCAAGGCAUUGGCGGGAAUAUUUAGAGGGGAAACUAAUUGCCGCAGAGAAAAAGCCGUACCAGCUCCCUGAAUAUAUUGUUGCCACCGGAAUUGAGGCAAUCAGGCCAGCUUCUAUUGAAAACGAGGACAGCUGGAAAAUGGAUCUUGACGAUCAGGUUCUUCAUGACGCAUUUUUCAAAUAUCAGACCAAACCGAGGCUCACUUCUCAUGGUGAUCUCUACUUUGACGGAAAGGAAUUUGAGAAGGACAACAAGUUGGAGGAACCGAAACCAAUAAUGUCCCUGGGCAAACGCAAACGCAAACACAAACACUGGGGUGAUUUGGAAGCAUCAGAAGAAGAAGAAGAAGAAGAAGAAGAAGAAGAUGAUCUUGGUAAGAAUCAAAGGGAAGAGCCGGAAAGAACUCUGUCUCAGGUUCUGGAGGACCAAGAAAAAAAUGUCGAUCCAGAAACCUGGAUUUCGACGAAUCAAACUGAUAAGGUUUUGCCAGCCGAACAUGAGGAGGCUGGGAAGGAAGAUAAACUAAACAAUCAGCGGAAGAUUUCAGUGACAUGGUUGAAGACAGUGCAGAACACUGGAACAGGAAAAUGCACCAAAAAACAGAACGACAAGGCUCUGGUCAAGUCUCUUCGAAACGUGGUACCAUCGUCUGACACAUAUUCUUCGACGACGGCAGCUGUUUGUUCGUUGGCCAUCAACUCCAUGUCGGAAAAGAGGAGGCCCCCUUCUUCUGGGUCCAUCAUGCUGAAAUUGUUGUCUGUGUUCUCACACUUUUGUGGUAUUUCCGCUUUGAAAUCUUCAGCACUGUACGGAUCAUCAGCUUUUUUGCUAUCGUCGAAUCGAGGCCGUAUAAAAUCACAGCCGAUGCAAUCAAAUGCUGUUCUUAGGGAGGAUGUUCCGCACCUGGGUGAAUAUAAUCUUCUCAGAUCCUGGGGCAGGUUUGAUUAUAAAAAUCGAGCCGCAUCGAGGCUGUUGCGCUCUCUGAUGGGUGAUUAA